GACCACAGAUCCAUCCGGGCAUCCGUUGAAGUACGCGUGAAUUUUCUGUGUUGCUGAUAAAAGACAUUUGUGAAGAAGAUCUUCCCCCUGAGCAGCAGGAUUGGUACUCCAGGAUGGAACACAUUAAAGAGGAAGAGGAGGAGCCACAGCCUCCCCACAUUAAAGAGGAAAAGGAGGAGCCACAGCUCUUCAACCUUAAUGAAGAAGAGGAGGAGCCACAACCCUCCCACAUUAAAGAGGAAAAGGAGGAGCCACAGCUCCUCAACCUUAAAGAGGAAAAAGAGGAGCCACAGCCCUACCACAUUAAAGAUGAAGAGGAGGAGACUGAGCCCCCUCAUGUUAAAGAGGAAGAGGAGGAUCACUGCAUCAGUCAGGAGGGAGAUCACGAAGGACUGGAGGAGUUCUCAGUGAUAUGUGUCCCUGUGAAGAGUGAAGAUGAUGAAGGUGAAAGUGAGGAGAAGAGAGAGGUGGAGCCUCCAAGCAGCAGCUCAACUCAACACAUGACAAUAGAAGCUGAUGGAGACCACUGUGGAGGAUCACAAGCACACAACCUCUUAGCUCCACUAUCAGAUAGUGACGACACAACGUCACACUCUCCUGACACUGAUGAUGAAGACUCUGAAGCUGAUAUGACAUGUCACACUGACAACACACGCUGGAAAUGCUCUCUGUGUGACAAAACUUUUGUUAGCAAGGGAAACCUGAAAAGACACAGGAGAUGUCACACAGGAGAGAAACCUUUCACCUGCUCGGUUUGUGGCGAAAGAUUCUCUCAGCAGUCAAAUUUGAAAGAACACACAAAAACACACACUGGAGAGAAAGCUUUUUCUUGCACGAUGUGUGGUAAACAAUUCUCUCUGCGGUCACAUUUGAAAGAACACACAAGAAGACACACUGCAGAGAAACCUUUUCCUUGCACGGUGUGUGGGAAAAGAUUCUCUCAAACAAGUGAUUUAAAAAAACACACAAGAAUACACACUGGAGAGAAACCUUUUCCUUGCGUGGUGUGUGGGAAACGAUUCUUUCAAACUAGUGAAUUAAAGAUACACACCAGAAUACACACUGAAGAGAAACCUUUCCCUUGCGCAGUGUGUGGUAAAAAAUUCUCUCGGCGAUCAAACUUAAAUGUACACACAAAAACACACACUGAAGAGAAACCGUUUCCUUGCGCAGUGUGUGGUAAAAAAUUCUCUCGGCGGUCAAAUUUGAACGCACACACAAAAACACACACUGGAGAGAAAGCUUUUCCCUGCACGGUGUGUGGGAAAAGAUUCUCUGAGCGGUCACAUUUGAAAAAACACACAAGAAUACACACUGGAGAGAAACCGUUUUCUUGCACGGUGUGCGGUAAAAGAUUCUCUCAACAGUCACAUUUGAAAGAACACACAAGAAUACACACUGGAGAGAAACCUUUUCGUUGCAAGGUGUGCGGUAAAAGAUUCUCUCAGCAGUCACAUUUGAAAGAACACACAAGAACACACACUGAAGAAAAACCUUUUCCUUGCAUGGCGUGUGGGAAAAGAUUCUGUCAAACAAGUGAUUUAAAGAUACAUACAAGAACGCAUGCUGAAGAGAAACCUUUUCCUUGCGCAGUGUGUGGUAAAAAAUUCACUCGGCAGUCAAAUUUGAACGUACACACAAAAACACACACUGGAGAGAAAGCUUUUCCUUGCACUGUGUGUGGUAAAAAAUUCUCUCGGCGGUCAAAUUUGAACGUACAUACAAAAACACACACUGGAGAGAAAGCGUUUCCCUGCACGGUGUGCGGUAAAAGAUUCUCUCAGCGGUCACAUUUGAAAAAACACACAAGAAUACACACUGGAGAAAAACCCUUUCCUUGCACGGUGUGUGGUAAAAGAUUCUCUCAGCUGUCACAUUUGAAAGAACACACAAGAAUACACACUGGAGAGAAACCGUUUCUUUGCACAGUGUGUGGUAAAAGAUUCUGUCAGACAAGUGAUUUAAAAAUGCACGCAAGACGACACACGGGAGAGAAACCUUUUUCUUGCACGGUUUGUGGUAAAAGUUUCUCUCAAAAAGUUGUUUUAAAAAUUCACGCAAGAAUACACACUGGAGAAAAACCUUUUACUUGCACGGUGUGUGGUAAAAGUUUCUCUCAAAAAGCUGUUUUAAAAAUACACACAAGAAUACACACUGGAGAGAAACAUUUUCCUUGCAUGAUGUGUGGUAAAAGAUUCAAUCAAAAAAGUGAUUUAAAAACACACACAAGAGUACACACUGGAGAGAAACCUUUUCUUUGCACAGUGUGUGGUAAAAGUUUCUCUCAGAAGAUAUCUUUGAUCGGACACACAAGAACACACACUAGAGAAAAAAACUUUUCUUGUUCAACUUGUGGUCAGCGAUUCACAAAUACUACAAACUUGACUGAACACAUAAGAAUCCACACUGGGGAGUAACUUUUUUUUAAAAGACGCAUCCAGCUGUAUUUCAAAGAACACAAUAAGAUAAUUACUCUAUGAACAAGCAAGGCAGUAUUGCUCAUGAACAAAAUAGUUGUGCAAAAGAACGACUUCUAACGUUGCUAACUGACAUGAAAUGUUUUUUUGGUUUUUUUUCAUUGUCGUGCGCUGUCAUCUGUCACCUGAAAAUCUUAAUUAUAUUUUCUUCAGAACGGCUACGACGCAACAAAGAAACAGACAUAUUACUGUCACACCUAUUAAUGCAAUUAUUCCCAUUUUUGCCAAGUUAGCACACCAAAAUCCUAGUUUUGAAGUGAACCAGUCAAUUGACAUUGACCGUCUAAGGCAGCUGUGAGUCUGGACUCAGUACACACAUUAUUCUUAGCAGGAGCAGGCACUGGACUCUUGAAGGUGUAUCUUUUUUGAGCCAUGACGUAAUCUACAUUGUAUAUUACACAUUGAUGAUGAAAAAGCCUAAUUUUAGGAUUAACUGAAAUGGAUCUUCCUCCUUUACAUUGUUGCCUUUGUUCAUCAAAGUAUCUUUUGAAACUGUUCUUUUCAGGAAUUACAAUUGGUAACGCAGUUGGAGCCACAGAACAUGCUAUGCACUCCUCAUUUGUCUUUUCCCUGUAUGAACACCCUUUUCUUCUUUUAGAUUUGAGAAAUGUAGAUUUGAUCCUUUAUAAAAAAAAAUAAUAAUAACAAACAGGGUAUAAAACUGCAGACCUGUGUGAAACACUGACAGAUCUGGAACUGGUCAGUGUGAAUAUUUUUUAAGACGUUUUUAUUUAGAAAACACACAACAUACAACAUAAAUACCCACAAAAACCUACUUCAAGUACAUUUCCAGAAGGGAAUAUUGCCAGAACAUGCUGUCAUAGAAAAUUAAAAAGGCAUUUUAAGAAAUAAAAUAUAGAUACUGAUGAAGUAGAUUAUUUUUAUUGUGUUCACAUGUAGUUGCAUUAUUUAGUUGACUUGCAGUGCUAAUGAAGGUGUAUGAAUGUUUUGUCACUGGCUGCUUCUUCUUCUUCCUUUUGUAUUGUUCAUUUGUAUCUGCAUUGAGAUGUAGUGGUCGCCUUGCAGGUACACCAUCCCCCCUGUCGUGCAUGUCUGUUUUGGUGACUCCAAAGCAGGAAGAGCUCAAGGCUGUUAAGUGUUCCACGCGCCACGUUGACGCUGCAGACACGCAGGUAAAUCAUCAUGAAAGGAGGCGAUGGCAAGAGCUGAUUGGUCCACAUCACGGUGUUUGUCACCAACCCCUUGCAAGAGCUGAUUGGUCACCAACUUCCUGCACGAGCUGAUUGGUCCACGAUUGCCAGACUUCCUGCAUCCUGCACAAUCACAAAAUGUCUAAGAAGCUUGGCCAGAGAGAGAAGGAUGCUCUUCGCUGUUGCCUGUGAUAAGA